CGACCACAACCCCAACCCAACGCGCCACAUGGCAUUGCUUGAGGAUGCAAAGAUUGGCUUUGCUCCCAACUCUCUCUCCCUAAUUCCAUUCACUCGUUUUUCCUUAUCAUCCAAGCCACCUAAUUAAAUUAGUAACACUCUCUUUAUUUAAUAGAGGGUAGACAAGAUUAAUAACAAGCUCUAAAAAAUAAAAUUCCCUUCAUUUUCUCUCUCACGCCCAACUCCCAACAACUCUCUCUCAGUCAAGAUUUGUUCUCUCAGUGACACAACUGAACAAAAGGAAAAGCUAAUGGCGGAAGAGAAAGAAUCAACGUCGAUUCCACUGAGCCAAGCCGAAAAUGGUGGUGUUGAUCCCGAAGAUCCGGCUAAGUCUCCACCUAGCUCCCCCAAUUCAUCCACUCGCAAGGCUUGUUGUUUUGUUCUCCAGAGUUGGGUCUCGAAGAAGUUCAUGACUGGAUGUGUGGUCCUUUUUCCUGUGGCAGUUACAUUUUUCAUUACAUGGUGGUUUAUUCAGUUUGUUGAUGGUUUCUUCAGUCCGUUAUAUGAACAACUUGGUAUUGACAUAUUUGGACUGGGAUUUAUCACUUCUCUGCUUUUUGUCUUCUUUAUUGGUGUGUUUGUUUCAUCAUGGAUGGGAGCUGCUGUUUUCUCAGUGGGAGAAUGGGUUAUAAAGCGAAUGCCCUUUGUCAGGCAUAUAUACUCAGCCUCAAAACAAAUUAGUGCUGCAAUAUCUCCAGAUCAAAAUACAACAGCAUUUAAGGAGGUGGCUAUCAUUCGUCAUCCUCGUGUUGGCGAAUAUGCAUUUGGCUUUAUUACAUCCACUGUUAUUCUUCAGAGAGAAAACGAAGAUGAAGAGCUAUGCAGUGUUUUUGUCCCAACAAACCAUCUAUACAUUGGUGAUAUCUUCCUGGUGAACUCCAAAGAGAUCAUAAGGCCAAAUCUCUCGAUUCGAGAAGGCAUAGAGAUAAUUGUUUCUGGAGGUAUGACGAUGCCACAAAUAAUCUCUCCUCAAGAAAGGGUUGCCCGGCAGAACGAAAGAAUUCCAUUGAACAGAAUAAUGUAAGACGUACGGGAGAGACGCCAGGUAGCUGUAUAAGUACUUUCCCUGAGUUGGGUUGAAGCGUGAAAAAAUUCUUUGGCAUCAGCAACCUUGGAUGAGGUUGGUUGCAUAUACAAUCAUUUUUCUGCACUUGUCUAAUUACAUAAAUAGUAGCUUUGCCUGUCACCUCUGUUUGGUAGUGUAAUUUUCUUACUACAUCAAUGUUAUAAACAAUGUUAUACUAUGAUUUUAUUAAAAGUCAACACUCAUGACAGAGAAUGUAUAUUUUAAUAUUGGAUCUC